UGAUCGAUACGAUCCAACGGUAACGAUUAAAAUGAAACGUAAACGUAGCUAAGCUCCUGGCUCCAAAAGACGCAUGAUGUCUGUCUAGUAGUCAUGUCCAAUAUGGCGUGUAUAUUGUGAGUUGCAUUAACGUGCAGAUGGUUAACAAACUAUUAACGAAACUUUUUGCUUAAAAUAUGUGAACUUUGUCAACCUUUGUACCUUCAAGGUCCGUUUGCUGAGGUGCAUUUAUGAUGACAGAUGUGUCGUGUAAAAAACAUGUGUCUUUGAUCGAAUUGUUUCACGAAAAUUCUAAUUUCGCGUAAAACAAAAAAAAAUAGAUUUUUAAAAAAGAUUUACUGCGCGAUAAGAUUCAUCGUUGGCAACUAUUAUUUAAAUGUGAAUGUACUAGUAUAUAAUUAGAAGAAUUGAUGAAAAAUUUUAGAAUUAUAAUUCAUAUAAUUAAAUCAACAGUUUUAAAAUUCUAAUUUUUUAAAAUUAUGUAAAAUCGUAUUUUUUAAAAUUGAAAUUAUAAUAGUAAUAUAUAGUAGUAAUGUGUGAUAAGUGUUGGUGAACAUAUUUAAAAAUGGAACAAAUACGUUGAAUUUUUAAUUUCAAAAGAUUUAGAAAUGUUCUGUUCCUGCUUCUAGUGCAAUUAUUUUUUGUGAAUAAAGGGAAUGAGAUAAAUAUAGAAAAUUUGUAAUAAAACAAUGUACAAUGAACUACGGUGGGAAUAUGCCAGAUUGGCACCAAUUUAAUACCUCACAAACAAAUGAAGUUUCAUCUUCUACGCAAAAUAUAAAUUCUGGUCACCUUACGUUCAUUCCUGGUGUCAGUCCUACAUUAAAUCCAAUUAGCCUUAACUCAGAGGGCCUAAAUAAGCAUCAGAAUGAUGCAAAUUACAAUUCAAGAAAUUUUCAAUCUUUUAACAAUGCCUCGAAUGGUACAACUAUUCCAAAUAAUAGCCCUCUUGCAUCUAUGGUACAAAUGCAGAAUUGCAUUGGCCAUUAUGGUUCUUCAAAUACAAGAAAUCCUAUGUUAGAUAACAUAAAUGCUUCUGUGGAUCCUAGAAACACUACAAUUGGAACUAUAAAUGAUGAAAUAGGAUACAGAAGUAAUCAGGUGCCUUUCAAUGGACCUAUAGGUCAUCUAAAUGGACCAAACUGCAAUUUAAAUGCACCUUCUGGACCUAGAACAGGGCCUGGGUCUAUCCCUGGACCUAGAACUAAUUCUGGACUUGGAACCAAUCCUAGCACUGGAACUGGUCCCAGUUCAAUGUUUGGGCCUAAUUCCAGACACGGCCCGACAUUAGGAACUGGAUCAAGCUCCGGAAAUAUGGGACCAAGAAAUACUAAUAUUAAUUCACUACCUCCUGGAAAACCUGGCCCCUCUUCUUCGUUUAUUCCUUGUAAAGGUUUGUGUUGCAAUUCAGAUCCUAAUAUUAAUUAUCAGCAGUGGGAGAAGUUUGGAUCCUAUCAAAAUAAUGCGUCGUAUAGAGAUAAUGUACAUUCAUCUAAUUAUCAGAUGGAAAAUAAACAUUUUGGAAAUAAUUGUAAUUUUAGAAAAGAUAAUUUAGAAGGUAAAGAAGUAAUGAGUCCUGUAUUACCCAAUGCGCCCACUAUAGAUCAUAGAAGAAAUUUUGCAGAUUAUAAAUAUCAUAAGGAUCAUCUAAUGCAUAGAAAUUAUGUAACAUCUUCAGGAAUGUUUCACAAUUAUUCCAUGCAAAAUUACAAUUAUUCUACAGAGCAUCAAAAAUAUCCAUAUCCCGUAAAAGAACAUACGAGGACGAAUAAUAUGAACAUGCCGAAUUCAGGAAUACUUAAACAUCAAGAACAAAAUUUCAUUCCCCAACAAAAGUUCAAUAACAAACAAUUCCAAUAUCAGAAUGGGAAUAUGUUGUCCAAAGGGAUGCCUAAUUUAAACGUAAACACAAAUAUGGCAUCGUCCUCUCAAAAUCCAUAUUUUAAUUCGCAAUUUCCAAGAAACAUUUCCGCAGAAAUGCCUCACGAAUGUCAAGAAACCACCGAUAAUACUGCAAUGAUGAACAGAAUGCAGAAUACCUUUAUGCACAACUCUUCUCCACAGCAUCAAGUAUAUCAACAUAAAAUAGCAAUGCAAAAAUUUUCGAUAGAGAAUCAUCUUAGAGAGCUGAGCAGGAUACCUGGUUAUCAAUCCCAUCCCAAAUACAAAGAAUGUAUUCUCAGAUAUAGAGAAGUAUUGAAAUUACAACAAUCAUCUGGAUAUCAAAAUCCAGUUCAACAAACCCCACGUGUAGCAACACCGAUGAACACGAUGCCGCCUAUUAAUUUGCAGUUCGAUCAGAAUGGUAUGUUGAUAAAUUCCAAUUAUCUGCCGGAUAAUUUUCCCAAGUUGCAGCACGCGCCGAUUAUAGAGCAAGCGUCAAAAGACAUUGAUAAACAAAAUAAGGGUCAAGAUAUCGCUAUAGUCAACGAAAAAUGUCAACAAUCUCAGCAAUCGGAGCAAUUAAUGAUUCCUCAGCAAAACGAGCAUGUUCCUUCUUCUUGUACAGAGACGUUUCAAAAGCAGAAUCAAUUCUCGAUACAUGAAGAUUUCAAUCAAAAUCAAUUAAAAGUACAAACGAGUGAGAGUCACAGCUUUAAUACUUUAAAUACCAAUACCAGCAACGAAACAAUAACGCAGCAAAAAACUUCGAAAGAGUUUGCCAAUAAACCGGAUUUGGACGUCAGACAAUUCUUGGCUAAUUGGGAUGAGACUGACGAUGAAGAUGGAACGACCAACUUGCCAGACACCGUUCUAAGCGAGACAACUCCAGUCGUUGUGGUGAGUUACGAGAAUAUAGAUCUUUCGUCGAAAACGCAGAACGCGGAAGUGACGAGAAAAAAUAAUUUCUGUUCGGACGAGGUUAUGGAAAGUAACAAGGAAGGAGAGGCGAACGUGAUAACGGCCCAGGAUUGUUUGACGAUAUCCUAUUCGGCGCCCGACAAUUCUCAAAUUGUAAAAACUUCCAAAAGAACUAUCGGAGAAGGCGUUGUAAAACCUGGAAGUAUCAUACACUGUAUCAGCAACGGCCCCGACGAAAUACCUACCAUUCACAUAGUGGACAAUUUAGAAAUAAGCAACAUCCUGGGAGCGCCUGACGAUCAGGUUAUACAAACGUUGGAGAAACAGAAGACGAUACCAUUUUUCAGGGAAUCGAAUAACGAUGAAACGGAAGCGAUAGCUCGCGAAAGUGGGGAGCAGGAGAGCAAGAGCGACACGAGUCGUAUACUGCCUACCGAUUACACCGCGUCUUUGGAUAAUAUCGAUAAGGGUACAAGUGCGAAGAGCUCGAACAUAUGCGAAACUGUCAAAACAGUUGAACCAAUGAACAAUCACGAAUUAAGAUUGUCAACAACGUCGGAAAAGGAGAGUCUAGAUGUCGGUGAUAACAAUAUGGAAUUGAAGAAACAGCACAGCUUCGAAGAAUCUCAUAAUCCCGACGACAUCAGUUUACCAGAUUUGCCAACGUCCGAAUGCACGCCGAUAUCUACUACAUUGAACACUCCUAUCCACUCGGAUACCGAAGAAUCGUCCCAGAACAUAGAGGAUUUAUCGAUACCUACAAAUCCCAUAGAAGUGAUGCAAAACAGUCCGGUGAUCAGUUUUACGCAGUUAAAUAGCGAGGAUAAAGCGAAGAACAGAUCCCUCGAUACUCUGGAGCUCGAGUUUCAAAAGGAAAAUAAUAAUCGCCAUCGUCAUCGUCAUCACCACAAGAGCAACGAGACCAAUACCUCGAACGAGCAAGAGGUGGGUGAUUUUGACUUCUCCGACAACAAUUCUAAAGCAAAAUUCUCGAGCGAGGCGGCGAGAAAUAAGAAAAGUUUCGAGGUUAACAGUUUGAGGAAAAAAGCGUGCCUGAUGGAUGGGAAAGAGGACGAUGCAAGGAAUGUUCUAACGUCCGUCGAGUAUGAGUCAGAGGUUGAGCAGGAGGAUUACGUGCACGAGCGGAAACACAAAAGCAUCAGAAGAUCGAUGGAAACGACGAUAAGAGGUGGGAUUCAAAAGCGUGACGCAGGCGAUAACAUCAAUUCUAAUGCAGAUUUGAGUCCAACGGCUUCCGAUGACGAGUCGCGAACACUGAAAAAUGAUAAAGAGUUGUACAGAAGGAAACAGAUAAAGGACGUAUCCACGAACACCGCCUGUCCAACGUCCUGCGAGAUCGAUCUGAACAUCAAGAAAAGGGCGAAAGAGGCGACCAGUUGGAAGGACAAGUGUGCCGAGAAGAUUGUAACCCAGAAAAGGGAUACCGAUCACUCGAAACAAUCCAAAGUCUCCGAUGCGAGAAAGUCAGACGAUUGUUCGAGCUCGAUCCAAGGUGAACAGCAUCCCGUGUGCCAUACGACUUCUCAAUACAAACACUAUUCCGUUGCUGUGAUAAAGGAUAAUAACGUUGCUUUGAACGACAAGAGAACACACGGCAGCGCAGAUAGGAGUUUAAAGUCGGCCGAGUUUCCCUCCAAGAUGAACAAUACCAAAGAGCUUCCCGAAGAGGCGGAAAACAGAAAGCACGCAUCCAGCAAGACAACGUUCCACGAGAGCAUUCAAUCUCAAACGUCCAAAUUGUUGCAGAAGGAUUUAAAAACGACGGUCGACGGGGACGUUAGAUACACGGCCGAGGAGAUGCGUUUACUGAAAGAGUACAGGAGAACGAAAGAGAGGAUGUGUCAGGAUACGCAGGACGAGAGAAAGAGGUCAAAAAGUGGUCAUAAAGCGAGAUGUUCGCAGAACAACGAGAUGCCAGGGAUACGAAAAGCGUGUCUGGAGCAAAAUUCCUCUAUGCCCGGUUUAAACUCGGCCAAUCUCCAGGAGGAAGCGAAGAAGGGCCAUCCGAAAAGCUUGGCCAAAGGGCCCGAUUUUGGAAUCCAGGUCGCGAACGUGAACUUGAAAAUUAAGGACAACGAUAUCGGCAAGAAAUUAAUUCUAGGCGACAAAGGGCAGGAGCACGUGAAAGAUUCCUUGGAGGGAAUCCAAAUCGAGAUCAACGUUUCCUGCACGGAGAGAAACGCCAAGGAGCAGCAGAGCAAACGAUUGUUGUACGACGAUCGCAGCCUGUACGAGAUCCACGACUCCUCCCCUGCUUUCUCAGUGGAGUGCCAGCGUAGGCCGCACGCCAAAGACGAGGAAAACGGUGCGAAGUUAUCGGGCAGGGGUCACGGCUCCUCCGAAAAAUUCGACGCCCUGAUGGAUCCCGUUGAAUCGAGUAAAAGCGAGGCUGAGAAGAAUUUGGGCGAGGAAAUGAAUCCCGCCGCUUCUAAAGAGACUUGCGAUUGCGCAUCGGACAAUCAAUUGGCGAAUAAACCGCUGUGCAGCGACGCCUCUUGCAAGGAUGUGUCGAAAACCGAGGUAAUUAAUUGCGACAUUGAUCCCGUGGAUAUAAUGAAAUCGAAAAGCGCAAUAUCAAGUACUGCCAUAAUUGAUGCAAAUAAUAAAAUUAAGGGGAAGAGUAAGCUCGAGAACGAGAGUAAGGACGAAGACAACAAUAAUUCUAUAGGAAAGGCACAGAAGAAUGGUUCUACGAGUUCGAUCGACGCAAUGGAAAAGGAGAUGGCGAGGACUUCUACAAAACUGCCGGAAAGCAAUGUUGCCAAUUCGUUGAGCAAUUUCGAUUUAAAGAAUUUGAGUAAAUAUUCUGGCGUGGAUUUGGAUCACCGGCCAGACGAGGGGUCGGAGAGGGAUGAAGCGUACGCAGGCAGAUGGAAGAAGCCAAAGAUAGACGACAUUUUCGAAGACUGUGAAAUGUUUCAAAGCAGCAACGGGUACAUAAAUCCCAUAUUCUCGAGUAUAGAUAAGCUGGAAGAUCUGCACGCAGUUCCUGUAUACACAACCAAAGAUGGAAAAAUAUCUUAUAGCCCUAAUCGAAGAUUCACUUAUCACGAAUUGAUGAUGGAGGCUCGUAAACGAGACUCCUACUCCUCUGUGAAGAAAUCUCACUACACGGAUAAUUGGAACAAUUAUUACAAUUCUUCCAAGUUUCGUAAAUUGUACAAGAGAAAGCGGCAUCACGGUCUUAGCGAAAGAAAGAAAUACGAGUAUAAGAAUACCAAGUACCUUUACGAUAGGAAAAGAAAUAAUUCGGAUGAAUUUUACAAUAAAAACCACGUCAAGUACAAAGACUACGUUCACAGCAUUAGGAACAAUAAUGCCGUUUGGACUGAUCAUUAUAAAAUGGAUAAAAUGUACAGCAGCAGUGAUUCCGAUGAACAGAUUAUGGAUCGCAAUAAAAAUUGCGUUGUCGAGGCGAGUAAGAAAGAUCAGAAUACGAGCGGUAAAGCAACUAAUGUAUCUAAAUCGCAGAAAGAUGAAUCGGUUGGGAUCGAGAAAUUAGAUCUGGAAUCUAAAGAUGAAGAGAAUAAUGGCAGCGAUAAUUCAUCGAAUAAAGAUAAAGAUUUAGGAGACACGCAACCGGUUGAAUUUAAUAUCCUUGAUAAAAGUAAUGAAGAUUGCGAAAUUACCAACAAUCCUGAUACGCAAUCGAAUAUCGCAUCGACUUCUGCAGAGUCGAAUCAUGAAAAUGCGGGAAAUAUGAAACAAAAUGUUGAAAAUAAUGACAAAUGUUUAGACAAUUCGGAAUUGAAUAAGCCGGAAGAGGAGGGAGAAAAUCUUCGAAUAAAUGAAAAUGAAAAUUCGAAAAAUGAAUGCGCUGAUAAAACUGUCGAUAAAAUCGGAUUGGAAAAUGGAAUUAAUGAGAGCGAAGAGAAGGAGAGCGUAGAUGAGAAGGAUGAGUCAACUUCGAAACAAGAAAAAUCCUCGAUGAAUGAGAAUAUGCCAGAAUUUACUUUGUGCGAUCUCGAAGAAGAAAAGAACGAUAAAAGUUCUUUGGAGGGAACGGAUAUCAAACAGCACGAAGAAGAAAUUAAUACGAAUGUGUUUGAUGACCAAACUCCUCCGGAAACUGAAAACAAUUUUGAAAGUAUAGAAAUGAACAAAAAUUCAGAAACUGACCAACUUAAUAUACCAGAGCCUGUAAUUGAUGUGACAAAUGAAGUUUCAGAACUUCAAGCAGAGUCUAACGCAUUCGAUCAAAUUUCACAAGAAUUUUUGAAUCCGGAAAAACCGAACGACGUAUUUAAUGAGAUGGUCGAAAAAUGUGGGAAAGAUAUCGGCGAAGAAAAUAUCUUGGAAUGCGAAAAAGAAAGUGUGCAAUUCAUUACGGAAGUUGAAAUUCCUAGCGAAAAUUACGAAGAAGAUUUAAACGAGGGGAAGGGAAAAGAUGCUGAGCUUUUGAAAUACAACGAUGAUAAUUCGUUGAAAGAUACCUCCGUUUCCGUAAUGGAACAAGAGGAACCCGAAUCUCAAUUAAUGUUGACGGACUUAACCGAUCGAUACAUUUCUGUUGAAACCAUUGAAUACGAUGAAAAUAUUAAUCCAGAUUCCGAUCAAAUAGACGAGGAACAAAAUUUUUCCGAAGAACAAAAUUUCGUUGGUUUUCCAGAAGAUCAAAUUGACAUUGAAGAUAAAUGUAUCACCGAAACUGUAUCGAAUAAAGGUGAAAUAGAGGUUAUUCUGUCAAAUAUAGAGGAAACUUUGGUCGAAGAAACGAUAGGAAGUGACGGUUUAAGGAUCGAGAACGAACAAGAUGAUUUGCUGACUGUCUCUGAGAUGAAUUGCGAUCAAGAUUCAUUGGUGGACAAGGAGACGCUUAUUUUCGAUACGUAUUGCGCUAACUCGCCAGGUAUGGACGUUGAAAUGAGCAAAAAUAAGACUGAAGAAGAUGAAUCAAAAGAAGAGCAAAUUCCUCGCGAAAAAGUUAAUAAUAAAAGUUUAAUUAGUUCGUCGGAUAGCAAUACAGACGUGGAGGCAAUACCCAAACUGAUCAUAAAGAAAGCUGACGCGUCAAAUUUGAAAUCAGAGUGUUCAAUAGAUCAUAGAGAUUCUUCUGAAAGUUACAAUAAAUACGAUACCAAAUUAUUGUCUGAAUUACGUCCAAAAAUACCGAAGGUGAUCAUUAUGAAAAAUAGAUCACGUUCGGUGACUCCAACGGUUGAAAUUUUAGAAAAAUCCAAGCACGAUAAAACGCAAUCUCUUAUUCCAGAGCAAAACAAAAAUAUGGAUGUGGAUAACAAAGACGUUGAAUCGUAUACUUUAAAAUACAGUAAUUACGAAAAUAAAGUACCCAAGGUGAGAAUAAAAUUGGAGGAUAUAUCGUCGAAAGAUUUGAAAUUAUAUUUAAAACGAAAAGCGACUAAGAAAACUGUUCCAAAGAUGAGAAUUAAGAAAUUUAAAACGCAAGAGAGCGAAAGGUUUGAGAUGGAGAAUAGUUCAGGGACAGAAGAGGAAGCGGAAACUUCUUCUGAUGAAGAAGAUACGAAUUUUCAGGAAUCGAUGUCCAGCGAUAUGGAAACCGAAAGAAUACCGAAAUUAAAAUUGAAGAAACAAGAAGAAAAUAAAUAUUUCUCACCAGAAAGAAGUAAAGGGAAAGAUUCGAAUAUUUCUAAAAUUUCCUUGAAAAAAAACAAAAGAUUAAAGGAAGAAGAUUCGAAACACACUGCCAAUAAGAACACGGCAAUUAACGACGAAUUAAAGAAAAAGUUUCCUCAGUGCAUUAUCGAGAAAAUUCCUAAGGUUAUAAUAAAAAGAACCCAGAUCGGGACAGAAUUUAAGUGCGAAAUUAGUAAAAGUAAAAAGACUUCGAUCGCUGAAACUUCAAAAUGGCAACCGAAAGUAAAAUUACAAAGAUUAAAUGUUUUGGAUUAUAUGGUGAAAGAUUUGAAGCAAUCGAAAAGUAUCAUUGAUACGACCACUCACGUAAAGGAUAAUAAAGAUAAUGAUAUUAGUAAUGAGGUUGCGAUUGACAAUAAUAAUAAAAUAAAAUUAUCUAGAUCUAAUUCAGUAUCCAAUUUAUCUCCUACUAAGUGCAAACAGAGAAGAUUAUCAGACUCUGGUUUUAUAAAAAUACAAUCGAAAUCAAUUACUGAAUUCGAUGAUAACUUAGAUGAUAAUAUGGAUGAUAAUAUUUUCAAAUCAAAUAAUAAUGAAAGUAAAAAUUUAAAGAAGAAGGGGAAGAAGAAAUUAUUUUCUCAAAAUGAACAAACGUAUUGUAACUAUAAUGAUGAGAGCGAGAAUGAAAUAAAAGAGACUGUCACGAAACAUUCCUUUAGAAAUAUUUUAACGAACGAAAACAACGAUCUGAUGGUUGUGAAGAAGAAAUACUCAUCAUUCGGGACCAAGGGAAGUACAUCUCUUGUAGAAGAUAAAUUUCUAGAUUCUGUCACAUGUUUAGAUAAUAAUGAUAAUGAUAGUACAAUAAUUAAAAUCGAUUCUUCUGAUGAAAGUCAAACUACCAUAGAAAUUCUACCAGCAUCACCGAACAGUAGCGAUGAUGAACCAAAGAAUUCUGAAUCUGAAAAUACUAGUAAAAUAAACAUGGCAAAUGCAAUUCCAACUCAAUUGGAAUUAGAAUUGGAGCUUAUUGAUAACAAUAAUAUGUAUUCUGAUAUAUUUGCAUCAAAAAUUGACUAUGCUUCUCAUUCUAAAAACAAAUUUAUUAAUCAAGAACCGACUGAACCAUAUUUCGAUGAAUUUCAACAUUUCUCGCAAGAUACUUUUGAUCAAAACGAUCAUAUCUUGAUAAAAAAUCAACAAUCGUAUAAUUUACAAAAAGAAUCAAAUGAUUAUUUUUAUUGCAAUGAUUUAUUGGUUAAGGAAGUUUUAGCUGCUAAGGAAACAUUGAAGAAAUGUUUGACUCGACCGGAAAACAUAGAUAUAGAAGAAAAAAAAUCACGAUUGAGAACAGUAGCUGAAAAAAAGCAAGGUUUAAGUUUCAGUUUUAACGAUUUUGGAAAAUCGUUAGAUAAAUUUGAAAAAGUAUGUACUAACAAAGAAAAUGAUGAAGUAAAAAAGGAUAGAACAUUUAAAAAUUUAGAAAAGAAAGGGCAUAAAUCUCCUCGUAAAAUGAAAACGGAAGAAAUUGAAGAAAGUUGUUCAAAACAAGAUGAAAGUUUUUCUCUGGUUUGCCCUACAGCUUCCACACAUGAAGAGAAUAAUAUUUCCGAAUUGACAACGAUUUCGUUAAAAGCUUCUAAAAAAUUUGAUAAAACAACAAUAAGUAACAAGAUAUCCCCGAAUAAUUCUGAUCCAUUACAUAACAACACGAAAGAAUUGCAGGAGGAAAAAUCUCAGAAAAAAAACAAUAGCAGCGAAUAUAAGAAGGAAAAUGAUAAUUCAAACGAUACAAAGACAAAGGAGGAUAAUAUGCCAUUAUUAGUGCCAGAGUUUUCUUUAAAUUUUGAUUCCAAUUCAGAUAGAGAUAGUUCCAGAUCUCCGCCUGUUAUAACGAAUCAAGAAGAAAUUGAACAAAUGAUAGGAGAUGUAAAAUUGAUGGAAAGUAAAAUGAUAAGUCAAAUUGAAAAAAUAGAUGAAAAUAAAAAACAUUCCUAUAAAGACUGUGAAAUGACAAUUGCUGAUAUUAUAACGCAAUUAGCUUAUCAUGAAAAGGCAACAAUAAAACAUAAAAGAUACUGCAAUUUGUGCGAAAGAUGGUUUCCCACAACUUCACGACAUCGCCGACAUUUAGCUGGAUAUCAACAUCGUUACAUGGAAUUGACACAACGUAAAAGUAUACACGCGCUUUUUAUUCUUUUUACUGGUAAACCAUGUCCAAGGCUUUUGCCAGCCAAUGUCAUUCGCAGUGAUUGUUCUAUAGGAGAAUUGACACCUUUGCAAAUUGCGGUUCAGGAUGUUGCAAAAUGUGUUGAAUAUGUGCAACCGGAUCAUAAGACAAAAGAAUAAUAGUAAUGUUGAAUUACUAUAAAUUAUUUUGGCUGCAUAGAUGCAUUAGAUGAUUUCCUGUGAUUAUGUAUACUGAAACAAAUGAUGUGAGUACCUUUGAAAAAUGUACUAUAAUGAUAAACACGAAAUGAAUUCUGUGACUCUUUUAAUCUCAAUGGAAUUGUAUAUUUUCAAUAUGAUUACUAUUCUUGGCAAUCAUAUUAUAUAAUUAUAUCAUUAUAUAUAAUAUCUACAUAUAAAAACAAUGAAAUUAACAUCUGUGAGCUUUGCAAAAAAAGAAAGCUUUGUUGAUUGAUGUUAAUUGUUAAGUUACUUGAAAAUUACUUUAAGUAGUUAGAUAUUUAGCCAAAGAUUUUAGCAAAAAAAAAAAAAAAAAAUUAAAUGUAUAUGUUACAUUAUUUAUAGUUUUGGAAGACUACACAGUCUUUUAUUUGUACAAAUGAAAAUAUGAUAAGUGAAUGUGCUCGUUAUGAAUUUUUAUUUAUAUUGUGAAAAGACUUAUAUAUACAAUGCAUAAAUAUAUGUGUGUAUAUAUAUAUAUAUGUGUGUGUGCGUGUGUUUAUAUAUAUAUAUAUAUACACAUAUAUAUAUGUAUGUAUGUAUGUUUAUUAUUCUUGUUUUAAAAAGUAUGUAUUCUUGCAAUGUUAAAUAGACCUAAAACUAUAUAUGGUUACAUUUAUAUAAAAUUAUAUUUGAAACAGGGGUAGUAAAAAUAAUAUAUCUAUAUGAUAUGUAUGUUAUGAAACAAAUUGAACUAUGAAAUGUUAAAAUGCUAUAAUAUGAAUGAAUUUUAUGAAAAAAUUUAUACAAUAUGAAUGAAUGAACAUAAUAUAAUUUACUUUUUAAAAUUAGAAAUUAUAUAUAUUCUCUGAAAAUAAGGUAUCCUAUAUAUAAAUUACUAAAUCUCAUUCUAAAUCAAAUCUUAAUUCUUUAUAUUUAUUUUUAAUAAGUAUAAAUUUUUAUAAUAAGAAUAGAUUAAUAAUAUAGAUUAAGUUAAUUGAUAUAAGCAUUUAAAGUUAAUUGGUAUAAGCAAUAACAUCUCAUAGUUCAAUAAAAAACUUAUAAAUAAUAUAUCUAUUCACUCCCCUGUCACAUGUUUAUGUUUGAUUAAAAUUAUUAGAUGUGCCUAAUAAGUUACUGUUUACAAAUAACAAAGUUUUUAAUUGUUUUUAAAUGUUAUAAAUGUUUUUCUUAUUAUUCUAUUAAUAUACACAUAUUGGGAGUGGCAAAGAACAAGUUCCUGGUUAAAUAAAAAAAGAUGGAAUAAAUAUAUUCCUUGUUAAGAGGCUACAAAAAAAAUAGAUGUUAUACUAAUACAGGGUUAACAGACUAUAUCUACAAUUGUUUUAUAAUUUACUUUUUCGCGGUUUACAUUCCAAAGAAUAAAAAUGCAGUAAAAGUCACUUUUGAAAGAUCUAGUUUUAUCAUUAAAUGCAACCAAAUAAAAAGAAAAUAUAAUAUAUUUAUAUAUAUAUAUAUAAGUCUAUCAAUUGUUAUUCCACUUAAUGUUUUGUUUCUUAUAACUUUGUUUUAAUUUUUCAUAUUUUAUUUGCACGAGUGCCUUAAAAUACACCUAACAGUAUUUGUCGUAUCGUGUUAUGUAUAUCAUAUAAGAUUAAAUGAAAAAAAUUAUAUAUAUAUAUAUAUAUUUCUAUUAUUCUUGUAUAAUAUAUGCAUAAUACAUGUUACAAUUAUGAGAACAUUAAAUUACAUACCAUUGCAUAAUAAGUAUAAUGCGAAUAAUUUUUCUAUAAAUAUGUAAAUCUUAAAUUUAUUUUACAACUUUUACUAUAAUUUUAUUUACAAUUUAUCUAUGUAAGUGUGUCUUUUAAAAUCAUUUAUAUAUAUUUAAAAUAAGCUCUAUAAUAAUAACAUAAACUAAGAAAAAUGUUCUCUUGAUUGAAGCUUUGUUAUGCAGAUAUUUUAAUGAGAUCAUUGUGUGUUCUAUGUGCCUAAAUUUUAAGAAAUUUGUAUGCAUCAGAAGUUCAAAUAUGCAUAAUAUUACUUAUAUAAAUAUAUUCAACAUAAUAUGAACAUGCAUCACUUGUACAUUGUAUGAAAAAAAACAAAGUCUAAAAAAUUUUUAUAAGUAUAAAUUAUUAUGUGAUAAAAAAAUAUAUCAGUUUAAUUUUUAUGCCAUGUUUCAUAUUUAAAAAAAAACUAAGUUUAUUAACAUUAAAUAUUCUGAAUGUUUAAUUGUGUGGAUAUCUAUACAAAUUUUAAAUAUAUCAAAAUCAUAAAAUGUAGCAAUUUAUCAUAUGAUAUUAAAUUUCAUUAGAGAUUUAAAUAUUACAGAUUCUUCUCUAAAUUCAAAUAAUUUAAUAAUGUUAUAUUAAAGAACCAGGAUAUUUUUAAAUAUGAUUACAUUUAAAACAUAUGCUUUAUUUAGUUGAACAUUGGUUUUUUAAAAAAAUUAAAUUGCUGACUUCCAUUAAUGUAAAUUAUUAUAAGAUUGCACUGAUUCAAAUAUUAUCAGUUAAAAUAAUUUAUAUUAAAAAAAAAAGAAAAAAAAAAGAAAAAAGAAAAAGUGAAAAGAAAAAAAGUUCUUUUAUCAUUGAUAGCAAUAUUAUUAUUUAGUUUAAAGAUUUAAAAUUUUUAUGUGCAAGUUAUCAAUUUAUAAAUCAAAUUAAUUAUAGAGGUGGAUUUAUGCAAACAUUUAAACAUUUAUAAAUCAAUAAAAAAAAUUUUCAUAAGUCAAUAUUAUAUAUACAUCCAUCUAUUUUUGAUUUAUAAUCUUUUUAUAUUUUUUAACAUUUAAAUUAUCAUCUAUAAUGGCACUACUUAGAUAGGGCAGAUCUGUAUAGAAAAAUAAGUGCAAUUGUAUAUUUUUACAAAGUUUACAAUUAAUUAUUCUAUCAGAAAAUACUAAUUUUUAAAAUGGUCAUUAGCUGUGCAAUUCUAAAUCAAAUAAAUUAUUUAUACAGUUCUGCUAUAGUUUUAUACACAAUGUGUGAUUAACAUAAUAAAAUAAUUGUAUGAUAUACAUUAUAAAUAAGCUAUGAAUAUGUUUUAGAUUUGUAGCAUUUUUUUAAAUUUCAUUAUAUUCAAUAUAUAAUAUAUGUAAAAAUUUUAAAAGCAUUUUAUAUAAUAUAUAUAUAUUUUAUAUAUAUAUAUAAAUAAUAUAAAAAAGAAAUUAAUAAUAAAAUUUUAUAAUUGUUUAAAUUUAUUAAAAAAAUUGUUUAAUUUAUAUGAAAUUAUGAAUAAAUUACAAAAAAUAGAUUAAUAGAUUAUUCCAAAUAGAUUAUUUUAAAAAAUAGAAAAAAAAAUGUUACAUAUCUAAAACUAAAACCAUUCCAUAAUUAGAAUAAGAAGUUUAAUUAAUAAAAAUAAAUUGUAUGAAUCAAUAGAUUAUUUUCUGUUAUUGUACUUAGGCUACAGAAGUGUAUGCAAUUGCAAAAUUUUAGUUGAUAUAUUAAAGAAAUAAUAAAUAAAAAAAA